UGAUCUCAUAACAAGACUGAAGGAGAACAUGAAGAGCAGACAAACAUAUGACAAGGUCUUCCAAAGCAUAUGGGGUGCAUCUGGUGGAUGGUCUGUAAUACUUUGCCCACAUGGCAUUGUAUACAGCAUCAAAUUUAAUCUACGUGCUGAAAGUCCCAGGGACUUUGCAGACCUGUUACUCUCCUGGAAGCACUUUCCAAAUGUCUGUGUUUAUGAUUUCGCAAGAGGUUUGGCGACACACACCAAUUUGCGGGUUCCUCAUUCACUGCCUUUCCAGCCUUUUGAGGGCAGACUGUCUGAUCCCACAGAAGAGAAUGUGAAGGCAGCCAGGGAUGGAAAAUUGCUGGUAUCACUGCCAUGGCUACAUGAAAGUGUGCACUGUGGGGAGGAUAAUGCUCAUCCGGUCACUGGAUCAUCUGAGCACUAUGUCUUAUAUGACCGCUUCCAUGAGCAGAAUGCCACAGAUCCAAAGGACAUACUACGCAGGAUCCAACUUGUCCCUGAGCUGAAAGGGUGGUUGAAUAGCCAAGUUGCUGAGCAGUUCUUUGCCAAAAUGCGUAAAAGCAACUACUUCUUCAAUAACAUGACUCCAUCAACCCAUGCAUUUCUUAUGAGAAGUGUUAUCCAUCGUCAUAACACCUCCACAAAUAGAGCACUUCUGGAGAGGCAGUUAAACUCUGGAUGUCGGCUUGAACUUCUAAACACCAUCACCUUGUCUACUUUGGGACAAGCUGUCAUAGCUGAUGCAUCAAAACGACGAAGCACAACUGUGGUGGCUCAGGCAUCUUCAGCAACAAGAUCUCAACUCACUCCAGCCGAGCCAAGGUCAACUGAAAGCAUAGCUGCACAACCACCCACUGAUGAAGCACAAACACAAAAUGUUGGCCCUUCGCACCAUUGUGGGCAGCAUUGUGCAACACUUACUGCCAUCAGCAACCUCAGGCCCUGUAGAACAAUGUGGUCAGCUGGAGGAGAUCAUCCCCUCCAGGAACAGCUGGUCAGCUAUGUUCUGGAUGAGGGUAGGCCUGCCAAUGAAAUUAUGAUUAAGGAUGGCCCUACAUGUUUGACCAGAGAGAACCUGUUAUCUUUAGGUCUAAACAGGGAAAUGGACUCAAUGGUGGGAAAUGCUUGUCUGAGGCUUGUUAAGGAGAUGGUUGAGUUACAGGGGAAAAAGGUCUUUAUUAUGGACCUCCACAUCCCCCCAACAUGGCUCCCACCCUUGAGUUGUGACCCUCUAGGCAGUCUUCCUGUCGACUCCGCCGAGAAAGAUGCACUUAUAUUCCCGCUGUGGACACAAGGCCAUUUUUUGCUAUGUGGCUGUUGCACAAAAGCUCAUGCCUGGGCCAUGGGAAGAACAGUCAGGCCUGGAUGUUGAGGGGCUACCCCUACAACAUUAUGGGAUUGACUGUGGAUUAUUUAUGGUUAUGUAUACCUGGUACAUAACUGUGGAGGC